AGGCCUGCGGCGUGAUUCCCGAGAGCGCCCCGGACCAGUUCCUGGAUGGCCUCGAGGUCGAGAGGCAGCGCGGGAUCACGGUGAAGGCCCAGACGUGCUCGAUGCUCUUCCGGUCGCAGCGCGACGGUCAGGACUAUCUCUUGAACCUCAUCGACACCCCAGGCCACGUUGACUUUUCCUACGAGGUGUCCCGCUCGCUGAACGCCUGCCAGGGGGCGGUGUUGCUGGUCGACGCCGUGCAGGGCAUCCAGGCUCAGACCGUUUCCACCUUCCACCAAGCCUUCAACGCAGACCUUGAGGUGCUGUGCGCGCUGAGCAAGAUCGACCUGGAGCACGCGCAGUGCGACGAGGUGAAGGCGCAGCUGGAGGGUCUGUGCGGGGUGCCGCAGCAGGAGGUCGUUGAGGUGAGCGGGAAGACGGGGCAGGGCGUGCCGGCUCUGCUGGAGGCCAUCGUCGCGCACGUGCCGCCGCCACAGGGUGACGACACCGCACCCUUCAAGGCUCUGCUGUUCGACGCGUACUACGACAUCAGGCGCGGCGUGGUCUUGCUGCUGGCCGUGCGCGACGGCGAGAUGCAGUUCGGCAGCAAGGUGUUCUGCUCGUACAGCGGCCGGGUGUACCCCAUACAGGAGACAG